ACACACACACACAGAGUGAGAGAGAGAGAAGAUUGUGGUUUUUUGCCUUGUGUCUGCAUUAAGUCUGAUCUGUUUUCCCGGAUAAAGCCUCCGCUUGGUGUGUGUGCAGUCUGAGCGCAGCGUCCGGCAGAAAGAAGGGCGCAGAGCAGCAGGAUGGGUUUGGGGCGCAACAAAGGAAAUAAGGAGAAGUGGUGAAAAGAGCGUGCUGGACGCAGGGAACACACACACAAGCCGAUACCAGUCUCUCUCUCUCUCUCUCAACGCCCCCCUCCUUUCCCAGCACACACACACACACACACAGAGAGAGAGAGAGAGAGAGAGUGUGUGAGUGAGAGAGAGAGAGAGAGAGAGAUCCGGACAUUCCGGCUUGUUUUUCUUCACUGUUUGAUUCGCCCUGUUUGUUUCACUAACAAUAACAGCAACAAACGCACUGAAAACUUUGUUUCAUGGAUCCAUACUUGUGACACAGACAGCUCCAAAAAACAACAAGGGAGAUAAUGAAAUUACUGUGACUACAGAAGUGUUAUUCCUGCUGUUCCUCAGCCUAAAGGAGAGAGAGAGAGAGAGAGAGAGAGGAGAAGAAGAAGAGAAACAGGAAUGCUGUGCACAGCUCAUUUCUACACCAUGUGAUAUGAAGAGAAGAGAAGAGAAGAGAAGAGAAGUGGACUCCAUGGAUAGGGAAUAUAGCAGCAGCAGUAGAGCACAUGAGACAAUGUUCCAAGUGUGUUAUGGGAUUGGGAUCAGCAAUUCCUUUUUCCUGGAGGCAUAUAUUCAAGGUGGACGAAGCCAAGACUUGGUUUGUGUGACAGAACCCUUGAGAAGAGAUGAGCUGGGAUAGUUCUGCCUCUAUCACACCUUUCUAGAUUCACAUUGGACCUUCUCCACUUUCUCCCAAAUCCCCAGUUGCACACAGACACUCUGCCUUGUUUCUGCAUUUUGAGGUUUUCCUGCUAAGUGCACAAAUGACUCUGUAUUUAAGAUUUGGCCACUAAGAGUAUUGAAUACACUGUCAACAACACUAAUUAGGAACUUGAGGACCUUUUUAAGUCCUGAAUGUCCUUGGAUGGAAUAGCAACCCGGUAGCUUUCCAACUCGAGCUUCUGGGAAUGGAAAGAUGAGUGCCUUCAAACGAUAAUGAUGGCAAAAAAACAAGAUGCCCGGGCACCAACCUACAACCUGGUUGUAGUAGGUUUGUCUGGGACAGAGAAAGAAAAAGGGCAGUGUGGGGUAGGGAAGUCCUGCCUUUGUAACCGCUUUGUACGCCCCAGCGCUGAUGAUUUUUAUUUGGACCACACCUCUGUUCUGAGUACUAGUGACUUUGGUGGUCGAGUAGUAAACAAUGACCACUUUUUAUUCUGGGGUGAGGCAUCACGAACAUUGGAGGAGGGACCUGAAUGCCGAAUGCAUGUGGUGGAGCAGACGGAGUUCAUUGAUGACCAAACUUUUCAGCCACAUCGAAGCACUGCACUGCAGCCUUACAUUAAGAGGGCAGCUUCCACCAAACUGGCCUCUGCUGAAAAGCUAAUGUAUUUCUGUACUGAUCAGCUGGGUCUUGAGCAGGAUUUUGAGCAAAAACAAAUGCCUGAAGGAAAGCUUCUUGUAGACGGAUUCCUCCUUUGUGUCGAUGUAAGCAGGGGAAUGAACCGCAAUUUUGAUGACCAGAUGAAGUUUAUUUCCAACUUGUACAAUCAGUUAGCAAAGACUAAGAAACCAGUUGUACUUGUAUUGACCAAGUGUGAUGAGGGAGUUGAGCGAUACAUUAAGGACUCUCACACCUUUGCUCUAGCCAAGAAAAACGUGCAGGUAGUUGAAACUUCAGCACGCUCUAAUGUCAAUGUUGACCUUGCUUUCCUCACCCUAGUGCAGCUGAUAGAUAAGAGUAGAGGAAAACCGAAAAUCAUCCCCUACUUUGAGGCUCUAAAGCAGCAGAGUCAGCAGAUAGCAUCGGCUAAGGACCGCUAUGAGUGGCUUAUCAAUUGCAUUGUGAAGAAUCACAACGAAACAUGGCCCAACAUCAACCGCCGAAUGCAAACUUCCAAUGAAUACAAAGACUAUGUCUUCCUUGAGGGUACUUCCAAAGCAAAGAAAUUAUUUCAACAACAUGUGCACAGGCUCAAACAGGAACACAUAGAAAAACGGCGCAAGAUUUAUUUAAGUACACUUCCACAGGCUCUGUGUACUUUGGUACCAGAUUUAGAUGAGAUUGAUCACUUGAGCUGGUCAGGGGUUCAGAAGGUUCUGGAGACAAAGCGUGGGUUCUCACAUUGGUUUGUUAUAUUAGAUGACACACCAUGGGAAACUACUCCACAUAUAGAUAACAUGGAAGAUGAGCGCAUACCCCAGGAUCUUUUGGAAACCCCAGCUGCAGAAGUCAUCUAUGAAAGUCAUCUCGAGCAACUGAGAAAUGAGAGAAAGCGAGCAGAAAUGCGUCGAGAAUUCAAGGAAAAACUGGUUGCGUCACCAUUUGUUACUCCUGGCAAGCCUUGGGAGGAGGCUCGCAGCUUUAUAAUGAAUGAGGAAUUUUACCAGUGGCUGGAGGAACCAGAGUACCUGGAUAUCUACAACAAACAUCAGAAGGAGAUUAUUGACCAAGCCAAAGAGGACUUUCAGGAGCUUUUGCUGGAGUAUUCUGAGCUGUUCUAUGAGCUUGAGGUGGAUGCUAAACCCAGUAAAGAAAAAAUGGGUGCCAUUCAAGAGGUUCUUGGAGAAGAACAGAGAUUUAAGGCCCUCCAAAAACUUCAAGCAGAGAGGGAUGCUCUAGUACUCAAGCAUAUCCAUUUUGUUUACCACCCAACAAAGGAAACCUGCCCUAAUAGUCCGUACUGUGUGGACAGCAAGAUUGAGCAAAUCUUAGCCACAAGGUUUCCUACUCGGUAUGCAUUUGAUGGCACAUUAAAGUCCCAGUAUGGUGAUGGAAAAGUAGAUAAGAUUAAUCUUGUAAUCCUUGGAAAAGAUGGACUUGCAAGGGAGUUGGCCAAUGAGAUAAGAGCAAUGUGCACCAGUGAUGACCGAUAUACGUUGGAUGGAAAAACCUAUGAGCUGGCUCUGCGGCCAAUAGAAGGCAAUGUACGUUUACCAGUUAACUCUUUUCACACACCCACUUUUACCCCACAUGGAUGCCUCUGUCUCUACAACUCUAAAGAAUCCUUGUCCUAUGUUGUUGAAAGCAUUGAGAAACUUCGAGAAUCAACCAUCAGUCGAAGGGAUAACAGCUUAGCACAGCUCCCCAUGUCGCUCCUAUUGAUCACCAAGAGAGGAGUUGGAUCAAUUGGGGAUAUUGGGGGAGAAACUGCCCAAAGCUUAAUAAUACAAGGGCAACUUGUUGCUGGGAAAUUGCAGUGUACUUACUUGGAGCCUGCUUCCCCAGGUGCAGGCUAUGCGCGCAAUCUAAAUGAAAAGCAGAUCAACCAAGUCCUAAAAAGCCUCUUGGAUGGACAGAGAACCUCUUGCAACCUUGGAAGUAGCUCCCCUCCUUUGCAGCCUCCACGUGCCCGUUUUAGAGACUCUCAAGCUCAACAGACCUCAGAGGCUGAUUUACAUGUUGUAAUGUGCAUCAUGUGUGGAGACAGUUAUGAUGUAGACCAACUUUUAUCACCAUUCUUACAUUCUCCGCACUGUAGACCUUCUACCAACCUAUCUAGUGGCACAUCAGUGUUGUUGGACCUUACUAUUGGUAGCCAAAGGCAAACCAUUGACCUAGCUGUGCUAUCAUAUCAUUCUACUUUUUCUUUACGCAAGAGCCGUUUAGUGCAUGGGUACAUUGCAGUAUACUCAGCAAAACGCAAAGCUUCCAUGGAAACGCUUUGUGCCUUCCUUUGUGAAGUGCAAGACAUUAUUCCUGUGCAGCUGCUGGCAGUUGGGGAAAGCCAAGCAGAGCUUACAGAAUGUGAGGUAGCCCGUGAUCAACUGGUCGAAGGGGAGGAGUUGGCUCAUGAAAUUGAGGGCCGUUUCAGUUCUGUUGUCUGCGGACCAGGUGGAGUAGUGGGCGGCUUGCAUCGAAUAGAUCUCUUCCAGCCCUUUUUAAAGGAGGUAGUUGAAAAAAGGACCAUUGUAGAGGCCACACACAUGUAUGACAAUGUAGCAGAAGCCUGCAGUACCAAUGAGAAUGUCCAUUCACCUCGUUGCGAGUCACCAAGCAUCCCUCUGCUGGACUCUGAAGAUGAUGUUGAGCCCUCGCCACCUUACCCUGUCUAUAGAGAUGAUAGCACUUUGACUCAUGGCUUUAAGUUUUCUGACCUGGAAAGUAGUGAUACCUUCAGUGUCAUUUCUGAAAUCAGCACCUUUGAAAGUAAGCUGAACAACAAAGUUCCACCACAGGUGCGACCCAAACCCACAGUUACGUUUGGGAAAGUUAGUCUCGGCUCCUACAUGGACCACGGAAGUAACAGACGUUCACUACCUUCAGUCACAUGGCCGCCAAGCAGCGAUGGUGGUUAUGAUCCUUCUGAUUAUUCUGAGCCGGUAGAUGCCGUACCUAAACCCCGCCCCACAGAAGAGGAAAAUAUUUACUCAGUCCCACAUGAUAGUACACAGGGUAAAAUUAUUACCAUUCGCAAUGCAAACAAGAGCCAUUCUAAUGGUGGGGGCAAUGGCUCAGACAGUGAGGCAGACAGCAGUUCACUAGAGCGCAGGCGCAAGUUGUCUACUGUUGGAGUUAAGCCACGAUUAUACCGUGAUCGCUCUAAACGACUGGGCAAGUUCAGUAAUUUCCGCACAAGUUUCAUUGGCAGUGAUGAUGAACUUGGUGGUCCACCCAAAACCAAAGAGGACGAGAUGGGGAUACAGAAAGGGGAUAAUUCUUUGAAUGAAGAGGGUGAGGACCCAAAGAGAAACAAAAUAUUGAGGAGUCUGCGCAGGACUGGCAAGAAAACAAGGCCAAAGCCUCGCCAGUCCAUUUCUAAACCACUGGAGAGUAACUACUUUGGUGUGCCGUUGGUCAACGUGGUCACACCUGAGCGUCCCAUCCCGCUAUUCAUUGAGAAGUGCAUCCGCUACAUCGAAGCAACUGGUCUGAGCACAGAGGGAAUCUACAGGGUGAGCGGCAACAAGGCAGAGAUGGAGAGCAUGCAGCGGCAGUUUGACCAAGAUCCCAGCUUGGACCUGGUGGAAAAGGACUUCUCUGUGAACACUGUAGCUGGAGCCAUGAAGAGCUUCUUUUCUGAGCUGCCAGAACCUCUGGUGCCCUACAACAUGCAGGUGGAACUGGUCGAAGCCUUUAAGAUCAGUGAUCGAGAGCAGCGGUUGCUCACCAUGAAGGACGUGCUGCGCAGGUUCCCCCGAGAAAACUACGAUGUCUUCAAAUACGUCAUCAGCCACCUGAACAAGGUGAGCCAGAACAGUCGUGUGAAUCUGAUGACCAGCGAUAAUCUAUCCAUCUGUUUCUGGCCCACACUGAUGCGGCCUGACUUCACCACCAUGGACGCGCUGACAGCAACGCGCACGUACCAGACAAUCAUCGAGACCUUCAUCUGCCAGUGUGUUUUCUUCUUCUACAAUCAGCCCCCUGUUGACAACUCAAGCAGCCUGCCUGGGCUCCCAGGAUCCCCCACUGCCACCCUGUCCUCCAUCACAUCCAUGUCCUCCACCACAUCCGUGUCUGGCUCCGCCUACUCAUCCUGUUACACCCCAGCCCAGCACGUAGGCACACCCUUCAGCCUGGCUCAACAGUCCCCGCCCCAUUCUCCUCCCCCUACUCCACAGUCACCUAUCCAGAGUAUACUGCCUCCACUGCACCCGCACCACGCACCAACGGAACAACACAUGCUGUGAAGCGGAGAAGGAUGUAGUGAGACAAUGGAAGCGAAAGAGUUGUGAAAUGGGGAAAGAGUUGAGGAUGUAGCAUUUACAGAGAUUACAUAAAUGAAGAGUGAUUCUUAGAAAAAAAUUGAAUGAGGAAAUGUGCCUGCAGGUGAUAGAGAAUGCAAAGAGGGAAGAGAGUGAGAGUGUUGGACGUAGCGAGAAGGUCAAGCCACUUCAGCUGUGAGGACACUCCAGUAACACCCCAUCUUCCUCGAUAUAGAUUACUGCACUCAUCUAAUUUCUCCUCAUAAUAUAUUUCAGAAGCAUACACAUUUUCUACAUAUAUACACAAACAUCUGAGAGCAUGCUCUCUCUUGGGUCAGCACAUGACCGACAUGAUGGGAGGAGUGUGUCGCUGAAGCUUGUGUUACCUGGCCCAUUCUGACUUGCCUGAGAAGUGACUGAGAACUGAUAUGUGUGGGGUCUGGACUAAAAGUUAGAAAUAGGAAUGAAGCUAAGUGUGGCAGGAAGCCAUUCUUAGGAUUCUCAGCUUUUUUUAUUUUUAAACCUUACAACCACUAUUCUCACUUUUUUUUUUGGGGGGGGGGAGAUGUAUUCAAGCAUUUGAAGACACGACAACUCUGUCAGCCACAUUCUUCUUUCCUGUCCCGUUUAAAGAAAACCACCUAACCAAGAACUUGACAAACUGUAUCUGGUUUCAUUGGCAGUGGACUACAAUAAACUUUGGUACUUUUUUUUUUUUUUUGCACAGCAUUCUGGGAUUCGAAGUCUCUCUGUUCAUCUCUCUGCCCUCACAAUGAGCCAGAAUCUCAAGAACAUGCCAAGCCAAGAGACUUGUUUCAUUUCUGUUUUGGAAGAAAAAAAAAAGUGUGUUUUCUUGAUUAGGAUUGUGUUUUCUUGAUGCAUCAGUCAGGGUUCAAUUGUGCUCCACUUUCAUAACGGAUCUCAGUGAGAUUCUUCUUUUGAACAGAUGUAGAAAGAUAAUGCACUAGUGAGCUGAAACGUUGAUGUGUAUGUGCGAUUAUGCGUUCAUGUGCGUGCGUGCCUGCCUGAAUGUAAACUUUUAUGCUUGUGAAAUAUCACAGUGAGAUCUUGGCAGCUUUGAAAAGUGUGUCCAACAGAUGGGUUUCGAUGGAGGAACGAGAGAUGUGAAAGUUGUGUUUAGAAGUACAUGGGUGGUGAUUUUAGUUCUCGGUGUGUGUGUGAACACUGAAAGGAAAGCUGCUUUGUCCAAAAAAAACCCACACACACUUGCGUCACUCAGUUUAAACUCUGCUGCACUACUCCAUAUAAGAGACUUCCAAAAAGAUUUUGAAUCGACUGUUGCUCAGUCAGAAAUGCUUUGUGUCUGAAGGAGAGCAGAAGGAAAAAGAAAGAGAGAGACUUAAAGGGAAGACCUGCCUGUGUCUGUUUUGUUGGUAUGAAGUCAGUUUUCAUCUUGACUCUCAUAUUUGUGUGCUACUGCCAUCUGCUGUGUCGACCAGGUACUGCACCUCAGACUGAGUCAGCCUUCAGUUUUUUCUGUCUAGCUUAGAGUCCAUUAGGUUCCCUUCCCAUCAUUGAAGUGCUGGAUGCACUUUAAACCACGGCUCCUGUUUACACAGCAUCACCACAGAGAAAUGCUUAAGAACCUGGAUUCUUCAGCAACGCUUCAUAUUCUACUUUGUAUUCUCAGGUCGCCGCUGCGAUAAUGGCUCAUUUAAAUACCAAUUCUUCUUCCUAAUUGUCAACUUCAUAAAAGUUAUUGUCGUAUCUGAUGCAGUUCUGUAAAAAUCAUGAUGCUGAUGUACUGGAUGAGUUUUGGAAUUAAACAGGGAUUUUUCGGAGGACAAAAGUAGACAUUUUUAAUUGACAUUUCUCAUAAUGUAGGUCUCUAAUGAAUCUCUUUGACCUGAACUGCCCACUACUUUUGCCCUGCCAGUCAAAGUCACAUUAAGCAUCUGACUGACUGACUGAAAUCUCAACACACUUCUUCUGCCAAGACUUACAGCAUGACUUACACCUCAGCUAUUUUUCUUUUCUCUUUUCAGUUAACAUGGUAUUAUUUGGGAAAAUAGGGAGAAAGAUCCAUGCUCUCCUGGUACUUCGCAGUUGAUUGCUGUCUUGCCACAUUCUCAGUGUAAAUCAAUACAGAGAAUGUCAUUGUCUCAAUACAGAGUUGAUCCUUAGCAGCCAAAGUCUGUGCAAAAAGGGCGAGUGAAAGACAAGGAUGGGCAUCAAAUGGGAAUCAAAAUGUGACGUUUCAGCAAUCUUAUGUGGCUGCGUUUUUUUUUUCCGUUUUUUUUUCUUUUUCUUCUUUUGCAACAGUGGUGACCGAUUGUUAAGUUAAAUGAGAAGCAAGCAAAACUAUAUUCAAAAUGGUUGUUUAUUUGUAUGUUAGGGGGUCUAACACUUUGCCCUGUAGUCAAUGGUGAUAGAAAAUUGUUUCUUUUCAUGUUUUAUUUUAAUAAUUAAAAAAAAUACAAUUUUUAACAAUUUUGUGAAUGGUGUAAAGGCCAUAUGAUGUAGUGCAUGAUUCAACUCCAAGUCUGGGAGUUUGGACCUUCAACUCUUCGUAUUUAAGAGGGAAAAAACAACAUUAAAUAAACGAAAAAAUUCAUGAAGUAAACUGAGAAGAAACAAAAAUCACGACAUUAUUUGCUAUGGUCAUUUGUCUCAGUGGGAAUGGUGUACAAACAGUAAGGCCUUAUGUGAGCUGUAUUAUAGUUAAUAAAUCAAAUCUUGUAA